AUGGUUAAAUUAGCUGCUCACAAUUUAGCAAUUCUCAGAAUAGUAUACAUUUUUGUUUCCAAAAAAUCCUAACAGUAUAUGCAACAAAUGUAUAAUCAAUUAACUGCUUACAUAUUAUAGUAGAGUUAGUAACCAAUUCUUCAACAAAAAAUCAUGAAUCUCUGA